AUGACAGGGAGCUCCAUCACUAAUUUUGUUCCUCUAUCCAAUAUCCACGAGAACUCUUCAAGCUGCACGUGUCCACAACACGUUGAAAUUACAGACUUCACUAAACUAGACCAUCAUGCUUUCAAAUUGAGAUAUAGAUCCAACUCCGUCAUUUCGGCAUCCACAACCGAAGAUGAAAAACCCUUACCAGUUAUUAAAAUUCUAGGUACGGGUGGAACAAUUGCCUCAAAGGCUCAGUCUUCGAACGUGACUGCUGGCUAUGCCGUAGAUCUCACCAUUGAGGAGCUACUUAGUCACAUACCUGACUUGUCGACAACUUGUAUAUUGGAGUAUGAGCAAGUGAUGAACAUUGAUUCGAAGGAUAUGGGCUUAGAAGAAGUCUCAAUAUUGCACGGACAAAUAAAGAAGGAUUUGGACAAGUAUGAUGGAAUAGUUAUCACACAUGGAACUGAUACCAUGGAAGAGACGGCAUUUUUUAUCCAGUCAACUAUAAAUACAGAAAAGCCAAUUGUAUUUUGUGGAAGUAUGAGACCUAGUACUGCCAUCUCAUCAGAUGGGCCUAUGAACUUGUAUCAAGCCAUUGUCAUUGCGUCACACCGGGAAAGUCGUGGACGUGGGGUGCUUAUUGCAUUGAAUGAUCGCAUCGGAGCUGGAUAUUACAUCACCAAGUCAAAUGCAAACUCAUUGGACACUUUUAAAACCGUUGGACAGGGCUAUAUAGGAAAUUUUGUCAACGAUGAGGUGAGAUACUAUUUCCCCUCAGCCAAGCCGUUAGGUAUGACCUAUUUCGAAGUAGACAAAGAAUUCCAUCUACCUGAGGUGCCAAUAGUAUACGCUCACCAAGGACUAAACGAAAAGCUUUUAGAAUUGUCAAUUAAGGAGCUAGAUGCUAAAGGUUUGGUGAUUGCGACUAUGGGUGCCGGAUCAUUAUCGGCAAAGACAAAUGAAUUCUUGACCAAAUUGGUUGAGCCAGGGUUCCCUGUUAUUUACAGCAAAAGGUCAAUGGACGGAAUGGUACCUCUUGGAGGGUUGCCCAAAUUCAAUGGCAAGGUGUUUGAGAAUGCAGUCGCUGGUGGCUACUUGAACCCACAGAAGGCGAGAAUAUUAUUGCAAUUGUGUCUCAAUGAAGGUUAUGACUUGAAAAAGAUCAAGAAGGUGUUUAAAACGGUGUAG